AUGGAGACGCUUCGCGAGGGACGCGAACGCGGGGGCGGAGACGCGUCGACGUCCGACGCGCGGAAGGCGAACGGGGCACCCACGGGAGCGAAGAGAGAAGAAAUCGACCGAGUGCGAAAGUCACUGCCGAUAUAUCGCGCGAAGGAUCGAUUGAUGGAGGAGAUUAGGAAGAGCGAAACCGUCAUCAUCAUCGGCGAAACCGGAAGCGGGAAGACGACGCAAAUUCCGCAAUACGUGUACGAAGACAUGACGCUGACGAAUGGGUUGAUGAUAGGCGUCACACAGCCGAGACGGGUGGCGGCAGUGUCCGUGUCGCGUCGCGUGGCCGAUGAAACCGGUACGGCGCACGGCACGCUCGUGGGGUACGCCAUUCGAUUCGAAGAUGUCUCGAGCGAAGAGACGCGCAUAAAGUUUCUCACCGACGGUAUGCUCCUGCGAGAGGCGGUCGGAGAUCCUUUACUGUCAAAGUACGGUGUUAUCAUGAUUGAUGAAGCGCACGAACGCACGUUGCAGACCGAUUUCCUGUUGGGCACGAUCAAAGGCGUGCAACGUCGUCGACGCGAAUCGCUCGGCGAGGACCAGUACGGACGCGCGUUGCCACCGUUACGCGUCAUCGUCAUGUCUGCUACGCUUGAAGCGUCGAGUUUUAGUAAAUUCUUCGAUGGUGCGCCCGUAAUCUACUCCCGUGGCCGCACGUUUCCCGUCGAAAUGUUCUACACAGAGGAGCCGGAGGAGGACUACUUGGACGCCGCGAUGUGGACGGUGCUUCAAGUGAACGAGGAAGAGGCGGCGGGAGAUGUCUUAGUAUUCUUAACUGGUCAAGAGGAGAUCGAGUCGUUGGGAAGGAUGUUGCGAGAGAAAGCGUCUGAACUUCCCUCAAACGUGCUGAAACUCAACGUGGUACUCUUGUUCGCUGCGCUGCCCCCGGAGGAGCAGAUGAAGGUCUUCGAGCCGACGCCUCUGGGAACGCGCAAAGUCGUCUUGGCGACGAAUAUCGCCGAAACAUCGUUGACGAUCAAUGGGAUUCGGUACGUUGUGGAUUCAGGACUGAGUAAACUACGAACGCAUCAUCCAAGAAGCGGCGUGGACGAGCUCCUGGUCACCCCGAUUGCGCAGAGUCAGGCGCAACAGCGCGCCGGUAGAGCCGGGCGCGAAGCGCCUGGUAAGUGCUUUCGACUCUACACCGAAGAAAUCAUGCCGAGCCUGGAAAAAUACGUUAAACCGGAACUGCUGCGUACAAAUUUAAGUGGAGUAGUUCUUCAGCUAAAGGCAAUGCAAGUUGACGACAUUUUGUCGUUUCCUUUCAUCGAUCCGCCGCCUAAAGAGGCGUUAUUACGAUCACUUGAAUUAUUGUACUCGCUGGACGCUUUAGACGACGAUGGAAAGCUUAACGACGUCGGAAAAAAAAUGGCGAGGUUUCCCCUCGAGCCCAUGGCUGCACGAUGCGUAAUUGCCGCUGAAAUCGAAGGGUGCGCUAUCGAAACACUCGCUGUUUUGUCCAUGCUGUCAACAGAUAGCGUGUUUCAGUUUUCCAGGGAGGCAGACGGGCAAAAGAAUGUCGCAAGACACAAAUUGAAGCGAAAGGAGGGCGAUCAUUUGACGUUGCUGCGCGUGUUCAACGAAUUUUCGGCCUGCAGUCCGAAGCGAAGUCGCGAUUGGUGCAGAGAGCACCAGAUUAACCAUCGAGCGAUGACAAAAGCGGUCAAGAUCAACGAGCAAUUGACACGAGCAGCAAUGUCGCAGGGAAUUAAUUUGACUUCAUGUGAAGACGACUUCACGCUCGUGCUACGAUCGCUGGUAUCGGGCUUUUUCAUGAAUACGGCUUCGAAGGAAAUGGAUGGAUCGUUCAAAGUCUUUACAACGGGCCAGAAGCUAACGAUUCACCCGAGCUCGGUGAUGUUUCAAUCGCCUCCAGAGACGAUUCUUUUCAACGAGUUAGUUAGGACGAAUAAAAUGUACGCGCGCGACGUUUCGUCGAUCAAGAAGUCGUGGUUGUCAGAAUUAGCGAGUAAAACGUUCUCAAGACGUUCGACGAAUUAG